GUCGAGGGAGUGUAACACGAGGGUGGCCGCACAAAAAGUGGAUCGGCGUCGACCCCAGAACCGCUCGAGCAACCUUACCCCCACCAUCGCCCUCGACGUCGUUGACGACGAACACGCACUCCCGCACACCAAAUGGCUCCUCCGAAGCGGAAGAGUGCCAAAGCGGCACCGCAACUCCGCUCUCGCACGACUAGGAGCCGAGGCAAGGCUCUUGCAGAUCCUGCAGAGAAUACUCAGAAUCUCAACGAACAAUUGCGAGCUCUCGGCCUUUACGCUGCACCAACACUAGGUGACGGCAACUGCCUCUUUCGCGCUCUCUCCGAUCAGCUGCACGGCACGCCGUCGUCCCAUCUCAAACUGCGCCAGGAUGUUUGUAACUGGAUCGAGUCACACAAGCAGCGAUAUGAGCCUUUUGUCGAGGACGAACGGGGAUUAGACGUCCACCUCCGGUGCAUGCGACAGCAUGGGACUUAUGGCGGUCACCUCGAGCUGUCUGCGUUCGCACACAUGACCAAACGCAAUGUAAAGGUUAUCCAGCCCGGCCUCGUGUACGUUAUCGAGUGGAACGCCGGUGGCGAUAUCACAUCCGAACGCUCGCCAUCACCAACAUCGUCAAGACAUGCAUCACCGGCACUCAACACAUCUAAUGCCGCUGACAACGAGAAGACUUUGACGCGACGAGAGCGGAAGAAGUUGGAACGGCAGAUGGCCGCCGUGCGGCUACCGACGCCGCCACUAAGUGAUGAUGGUGCUGACUCUACAGUUUAUGUGGCCUAUCAUGACUGGGAACACUUUUCCUCGAUCCGAAAUCUGAGGGGUCCACACGCGGGGCUCCCGAAUAUUCAAGAAGCGCCUGCCGAUGACGCUGAGCCACCGUCACCUCCGCCCACUUCGCCGGUGAAAAGAAAGCCUUCGUCAAGAGUGGUCUCAAGUUCAAAGCCAUCAACGAAAGUGAAGAUCAAGCGACCUUCAAAGCCGUCAGCGCCUGGGCGUCCCUUGACACCGUCGCAAGUUCCACUCCCUCUUUCUCGUUCAUCGUCCCCUCCACCAGAGGCAUCUUCAUCUCGGACACCGCUUCCCUACCCCAUGCCGAUGGCACCUCCAAGCCCAUCGCGAAUCUACCGCUCGCCGAAGCGGACAUUCGACGAGUCAUCCGCGUCAUCUGAAAGCUCGCAGUCGCUUGCAAAGCGGCACAAGGGGACCUCCCGUGCGCCCGAAGAAGAGUCAUCCGUCGCCGACGCGCACUCGCGCUCGCCUUUGGGUCUUGGACCAGAGGAUGGUGAAGGCGACAUGGAUACUCCACCAUUAACACUCUCCGCGCCAGGGUCGCCCUCGAGCAUGAGCUCACUUUCAACAAUUUCUUCACCUGAAGCGACGCCGCCGCCUCCCGAACGCGAAGAGCGCACGCUCACGCAGCGACAGAUCAAGAAACUUGGACUGCCAAAAUCACGUCAUGGUUCACCAUUGCACACCAAGCGCAGCGCAGGCAAGAUUGUCGUCCCUGGCGGACGCAUGAAGCGCUCUGACACGGCGUCUGCUGCUCCCGCUGGUAACGGGAAGGUCGAAGAGUGGCAGAAGAACGGGACGGGUAGGCUGGAUGUCCGAGGCUUCCGAGAGCUUAAGAUCUAGACUUGACCACACGAUCCCUUCGUUUCGCACCGUCCAGCAUCACUAGCACACGCACGCGCGCACUUGCGCUCUCUGCCAUCCUCUAGCCCCAAGGCGAACACUUUGCAUACAUGUUCUCAUGCACGCACACGCAUCUACAGUCGCAUCUCCCGCACGCACAUUUGCUUUGUUGCACUCAUUAAUCAGAUACCC